CUGUUGAGCGUGAAAGUCACAAAUUACAAAAAGAGAAAAGAGAGGAAGAUCACAUGCCAUGAUAGCGCCAAUUUGGCAAGCUAUGACGCGUGCCAGAGCGGUGCAGCGCAAAGAGUGAACGAAAAGUCGAACGAGAACAGAAAGUGUAGGCGUGCGCAAGGGAGCGAAAGAGCGAGCGUAUUUCUAACCCCUAACUGAGACAGCGGCAGGGGCAGCGGCAGAGACGUCGACAGAGAACAGCCGCCCCUGCUGACGAUCCUUUGGAUAUGGUAAUGGCUUUGAGGAUCCUGCCAGAGGGGCAAGGGGUCAUUUGCGGGCCAUUUACACAAACUUGGUCAGCGCAGCGGUAAAAAUAUUUGUAAAGCCAUCCCGUGCCAUCCCUUUCGAGGGUUGCGCGAUCUGACGGCUCGUGCUGUUCCAUGCAGUAGCAGCAGAAGACGCGCGGCAGUUGCGGUGAAACUUUCGAGCCGUGCAGUACCCCGAGCCAUGAGCUACUACUACUCAUCCGAGGAGGACAACAACAGCUCCCAGUACUUGGGCAGCCCCAACUACAACCUGACGCCAAUGGCAGGCUCCACGCAGGAGUACAGCCAUGCCGCAUACCUUUCUCCCGACUGGCAGUUUCUGGAUGUAGCAGGCGGAGCUGAAGCUGGCCUUGAGCUGCCCACGGGCACCCACUCCGUUGACCUUGAGAUGUGCACAGAGCAGGGCGAGGACCAGUCCAAGAGACGCAAGAGCGAUGGCUCGAGCAGAUCGGAGGGCCAAGAGACGAUCAUUCUCAGUCCCACGGUGCAGAAGAAACGACGACAGGCGGCCAAUGCUCGGGAAAGGAAGCGCAUGAAUGGCCUCAACGAGGCCUUCGAUCGCUUGCGGGAGGUGGUCCCAGCCCCGUCCAUCGACCAGAAGCUGUCCAAGUUCGAGACCCUACAGAUGGCCCAAUCCUACAUUCUGGCCCUAUGCGAUCUCCUCAACAACGGCGACAUGGAUGUGGAUGCGGCCGCCUACACACUCUUUGGAAGCGGCAAUGGAAGCGGAAGCGAGUGCAGCUUCCACUUGAGCCACUAAGCUAUUCGCGAUCUUAUAUUUAAGCUUUUGUGAUUAUCCCCUCUCUAACUCUAAAUUUAGUUUAAAAACAAAAUAAAAACGGAAACCAA